AUGGAUAAUGUGUGCGUGAGUCGAACGACAACCGCAGCGACCAGUGGUGGUGCUAGGCUAAAUCACGUAGUGGCUACUCUAGUGGAUCUUGAGACCUGUAUGGUGGCUGAUGAGAUCAACCCGCAUCACGCAGUGGGUACACGAGCGUAUUUCCACCCGAAAAUGAUGACCAAUGCGGCGCAAAAGCGAGCCCCGUACGCCGACCUUAGUGUCUAUGAAGUGGACGUGUGGGCCUUUGCCGUAAUGGUACUGGUCAUAUUUAGAGAACAACACGCCUGGCCUGUCCCCCACGCGUCAAACCGCAACUACCAGAAGUUUCAGAGCUAUGUUUUCGAUACCCCCAGUGCGUGGGCCGAGGACUUACGGAUUGUUCAGAGUGCCGGGUUGAACCACAACGUUGUAGCGGAAAACAUGGUUUACACGGCUCUUCGUGUGUUGCGUACUUAUCACCAGUCUCCACCCACAGCACUCGAAAGUCGUGAGGGUCAUAAUACUAGUACUGAAAGCAUUAUGGAGGCAUUUACGUGGCGACCGUGA